AGUAAUUUGGAUUUAAAUGUCAAAUAAUUCUGUAGAUAUUCUGCAUUAAUGGUUUUUACAUAAAAUUUAUAUUUCUAUUUCCCUUGCUAAAUUCAUAAUGGUGAAAAAUAAUAAUAUUCCAUCGCUUCCUGUAAUUUUCGGAUUUUUAAAUUUUGGAUUUAUUAUCUACGGAUCCCAAUGAGAUGUGCUGCAAUGCCAACCGCCAGAUAUUAUGCGUCUUUAUCGGAGUAUUGGCGAUACUGAUAGCAACAUUAUGUUUAGGAUUCACGUUUUACCGGCUAUGCACGACUGGUAUAAGCCAUUGGGAGGAGGCGUCUCUGGUAGCCUGGGUUUCCAUUAUUUUGGCAGCGAUACCUCUUAUUAUAGGAGCAAUAAAAGAAAUUCCCUAUCUUUUGGUGAUUUGGAUAGUAGUCGCAAUAAUUAGCGGUGUCUCUCUGCUAGUUAUUCAAAUAGAAAUAUUUAAUAACUUUUUUAAUACGGACCCUGAUACAGCCUUUCAUAUUCUCGGUGGUAUGGUCAUUAUAGUUUUCGUAUUAUUGAUCAGCUGUUUUAUAUACUUCCCAUAUACAUAUGCGCGUGAGCUGGAAGGAGAUUAAUACGCAUAAAUUAAAUGAAUCUAAACAAGAUAUAUGUGUUAUACUUUAAAAUUGGAAAAAUAAAAUUACAAUGUGCUUGAAUGCGAACCAAAAGCCUUGUUGCGUGAUAAUUGCCCUGGUUGCGAUUUUUGUUGGAGUUAUAGAGACAUCUUAUGAGUGCUUUCAUUUAG